GGCAAGAAUUACCGUAAUCAUGGAACUGGAUCUAACCAGUUGCAUCAAAUUCAUCAAACGAUCUCCCACAAUGCAACACACCAGACUGAAUUCAGCCAGUUAAUAGCGUGCUCUGAAUCGAGCUCCGAGGAACUAUUGUUACAUACCGGACGGUGUUCAACAAAUAUUUGUACCAUGUAUACAUGCCAAGUGGAAGAUAAGACUUGCUUUUAUUAUAAUUGUCUGCUCUUGAAAUUUAUGGUAUUACUUGUAACCUGUAUCCAUAGCAGUUCAGGAACAAUUUUGUACAGUGUAGUUUCAAAUUUAAAUGGUACUGAAGGAGAAAGCAUUACAAUACAAAUAAUCUUUUCGACAAAUCCCUUUGAAUGUCGCACUGUACAAUGGAAGAAGAAUGAAGUAAAUUUGGCCAAUAGUAAUUGUAUCACACCUUAUGAAGAAAUAGGAAAGCUUUUACUCAAAAUUGAUCAUCUCCAACGCCUUGAUAAGGGGUACUAUACAGCCAUGUGUGAUGACCUUAUUUCUCCAACAAUUUUCCUAAAUAUAAUUGGAAUACCAGCACCACAGUAUCCAACAAUACUAUUAGAGAAAAGAAACGAAUGUCAACUGGAGGUCAUAUGUAUAUCCGAGAACACGUUGCCACGUCCAAAGCCUGUCGAUCAAUGGAGAGGAACUGGAUUUAGUUGAAAAUGCAACCAACAUAUGGACUAUUAAGACAGUUGAUAUCAAAGCAAACACAACAAGAGAGGACUACAUUUGUGAAUUGCAAAUUGGGGAUUCUUAUACAAAGUCUGCAAUUAAAACUGGAUCACAGAUAACUGAAUUUCUAGAAGAAAUCACAUCUGAAAUCACCAGCUACUUCGGAACGACUAAUAGACCUGAUGACAGUAGCAAUGGCCAUGAUAUUUCUACAUCCAAAACUGUUUAUGAUAGUACCAAGGGCCAUGAUGAUUAUUCUACAUUAAAAGUUGUUGUAAUAGUAUUUGCACUGAUAUUUUUUGCACUGAUUAUUGCUUUCAUUGUAAGUCAAGAAAAAGGAAAAAUCCCUAAAAAUAACCUAAGCUAUAUUACUCUUUACGCAAAUGAUGUUAGUAUAGAAGACAUCUGGUCUAGCCAUUUACAGUAGAACCAAAGAGUAUGGAAUUGCGAAGGGUCCGACUUCACUGGUUUUGUGUGCACGCAACGAAUGUAAAAAAAAAAAAGUAUUGCCAAGUUGUAGUAAUAGUAUUUGCACUGAUAUUUUUUGCACUGAUUAUUGCUUUCAUUGUAAGUCAAGAAAAAGGAAAAAUCCCUAAAAAUAACCUAAGCUAUAUUACUCUUUAUGCAGAACCAAAGAGUAUGGAAUUGCGAAGGGUCCGACUUCACUGGUUUUGUGUGCACGCAACGAAUGUAAAAAAAAAAGUAUUGCCACGAGAUGGGGGUGCCUUAUAAACAGAGUUCGCUCGAAGCUCAUCUUUUAAAAGGACACGCUUCUUCGUAGCAGUACUUUCUGAAAUAGGAUUACGCACCAACAAAACCAUGAGAGUCGGACCUCUUGUUCUUGGUAGAACCGAAUACUUCCUAAAUUCGCUUAUAUUGUGUUUAUGGUGAUAUGCAACAAACUUUAUUUACUAUGACUUCCUAGCUGCAAACUAUAAGUUUUAAUUACUAUGUGGGGUGGACAAAACAUGGUAACAGUUGAGUGGUAUAAUAUAAAUGAAUAUUUAUAUAUAUAUUAAUACAGUAUAUAAUUUGGUCUCUAUAAAUGUAUAUAGCUUGAUAUAUACAUAUAUAUGAAGAUGUCCAUGUAUGUGUGCAUUUAGUCUGCUUGGUGAUUCUGAGUUUUUUUCCCAUAUGCAUUUAAAUCACUAUAUCAAAAUACCUAAAUAUAAUAAAAGUAGAACAAGGAAAUAUAUUUGUUUAAAUAAUACACUCAGAAAAAAAAUCAAUCAUAUGCCGGAGACCCUCAAUGAUGUUUAGUCCAUCAGGUCUAUCAAUUCCUGUUAGCCAUUCAAUUUUUGGCUGACUAGUUUUCUCUCCAGUACCACCUCCUUCCAAGGUUGUCUUCAAGAUUCUGCAUCUCAUGCUCUAACCAUUAUAAUCACUGCCGUUACUACCAUGAAUAAAUAUUAAAAUAAAUUCCCCAAGCCUGGAACUGACAAGGUUAAAAUUUUAAAUGAACAAUGAACUAGGAAUUCUACAUUGCCAUGACAUCGCUUUUUAGUCUUCAUAAAUUUUAAUUUUACUUUUCUCUCUUUGAACAGUAUAUGCAUUUCAAUUUGAUAUUUGUAUUUUCAUAUUCCUUGUAUAACAACAGACGUCAGGACUUUUUGAAAACCAUGCAAACUCGCUAAACAUGCAUGAGAUAUAUUAUGCCAAUAGUUAAGUUCCAAUUUAAGGUGAAUCAUAACAAGAAAAAAUGCCUUAUUUAUGUGUGGCCAAGUGUUUGACUUGUUGAAUGUAAGAACAUCUUCAAAUUUAUAUAGAUCAUGUAUGGAUAUUUUUCACACAUUUUUCACAAAUACUUUUGUUGAAAUAAAAAAGUAAACAGUUA